AUGCCGCGGAGCCCUUUUCGAGCACGACAACGGACUAAUCCGAAAGAGAUUCUAGAGGACACCCGUGUCGCCGCCCAUGCGAAUCUUCUGAACGCCCAAAUGCUUUGCGACGAGAAUCACAUGGAUUUAGCCGUCGAGUCGUGUCAAAAAUCACUUGACGAGAAUAUUUUCCUCUGGGCAGCUGUCAUCACUUAUCUACGAUUCGGAGGACAAGAACUCGCACAGACUUUCGAUAGACACAAGGACAAAUCAAAUGGCAUCACGGCGCCUCCAAGCCCUACAGUAACCAUGCGUACCGCCACUCCCUCACCAACUGGACCCUCAACAUCCGCAAGCUCCGCCCCCUCAACUGCUCCACCAGCUGAGCCAAUCGGCAGUUCGAGUCGAAGAUCAUCGGUUUCCACGACGAGAAGAUCUGCGAGAUCUGCGACGACGACGACGUCUUCAGCGAAUCGAGAGAUUCGAAAUAUUCCAUCAAGCAUCACACCGAGACAAUCGACUCCUGUCUCAGCCACCACCGGCGGUGGGCGUGUCCGGCCAGUCGCUCCACGGAAAAGCACUCGGAUCAGUGAGAUGACGUCGAGACGAUCGGAGACUGGAAGCACUACCAGUUCUCGAUCAUCUCUAUUCACUGAACCCGAUAGACCGCAUACACGGGCGACUCAUAGCUCUAGGAAUCGGGCAAACGCCGCUUUGAACAGUGACACGGAGAACACGAAUGCGACGAAUACUCGAACCAGAAGUGGAGCUGCAGCCACCACUCGAGGAUCCACGUCGUCUCAAAGGGCCAACCCAGUUCGCACCUCAAUCAGAAUUGCUGAUGCAGCUGCAAUUGCCAGUAAGAAUGCCAAAAAUGCGACUUCGCAGAGGAAGCGAAAUGAAAAGCAGCCAUUGGUCUCGCGAAACUCGAAUUUAGCGCGUAGCCUAUCGGGUUCCACAAAUUCUGUGGCAUCAACAGCUAGCGAAAGGCCAUCGGAAGACGAUAUGUUACAGAAUUCGAAUGUGCCAAUGUCGUCGGCGGCGUCGUCGUUGAAUAGUGAUGAGCCGAUGGAUACCGUCGAUUUGGUGUAUGAUGAUGGAUAUAACAACCGUAAUCUGAAAAAAGCAAAUUUAAUUACAGAAAACUUCUUCGACAUCUACCGUCACAUUGCUCUUAUAGAGGAAUCGAUCAGCACGUACAACUGGAAAACGGCGGACGUUUUAUUUGCGAAAAUGGAAAAAGAGACGAUGAUAAACACAUCAAUGGUCCGUUUGCAACUGGGAAGAGCUUGCUUCGAGCAGUCGGAAUAUCGAGAGUGUCGAAAUAUUCUCAACGAUUUGCACAAGAGAAAGAAGUGGAAGGUUGAGGGAACGGAAUUGCUCUCCACCUCAAUGUGGCAUCUACAGGACACUCAUGCACUGAGUGCUCUGGCUCAGACACUCACAACAGAGUCCCGAGAGAGAUCUCAGAGUUGGUGUGCCGCUGGAAAUUGUUUCUCACUGCAGAGACAGCAUACGCAGGCGAUUGAGUGUAUGGAGAGGGCGAUUCUGUUGGAUAAACGAUUCGCUUAUGCGUAUACUCUGUUGGGACACGAGUUGAUUGUGCAGGACGAGUUGGAUAAGGCUGCUGGAUCUUUUAGAUCGGCUCUCCUGCUCUCACCUCGCGACUAUCGUGCGUGGUACGGUCUCGGUCUAGUCCAUCUGAAAAAAGAGCAAAACAUGAUCGCCCUAACAAAUAUCCAAAAAGCAGUGAGCAUCAAUCCGACGAAUCGAGCAAUGCUGUGCACACUGUCUCAAAUCGAACAACAACGCGGUCAAAUCGACACGGCACUCGUUCUCAUCGACAGGGCGUUGACACUGAAUCCACUCGACGUCGCGUGUCGAUUCAAUCGAGCACGUCUUCUAUUCGAAGCGAAAAGAAACGAGGAGUGUCUUGUGGAAUUGGACAAGUUGAAAGCGAGCUCUCCCGAUGAGGCGUUCAUCUUCCAUUUACUUGCGCGCGUGCACCGCCGUAUGGGAAACACCCAUCUGGCACUUCUCAACUACAGUUGGGCGGCCGAAUUGGAUCCACGUGGCGAACAAAACGUCACCGACUCGAAUCACGUGGCGAAUCGAGAGGAAUACGAAGACGACGAGUACGGAUCGCCAGUUUAA